AUGAGUCCUACUGGGAGUCGCCAGGUCCCUGAGGGAGAGUUAUUCCUCUCCUCACAACCUGCGCCAGUUGAAUCACCAAUCGUCGAGCCUCUGCGGAUUAACAAGCAUGAUACUAGAACCCCAUCUCCUGCAUCGAAGCACAGUGUCACUCCACCAUACCCAGACGACCGUCCUCGCCCAUAUCAGACAUCCAGUUCCAGUUCGGCAGCGGGGAGUGACCGGAUGGGAUCCCCAACAAUGCAUAUUCAGUCGUCUACGCCAGCUGGCUCCGGAUCAUUGAACCCGUUGGAUUAUCCUCCAGCUUUGCGGCCGCGGGACGGACGUGAACCCAGACCGGCUACUUUGGCAGAGAGGCGGGGAAAUGCCCCCAAACCCCUGCCAGAGUCGCCUGGUCCAGAUGUACCGGAUAAAGAAGGGUUGUUUCGCAAAUACACGCGAGUCCCAGCUGCAGCUCCUGCACCAAAUGGCAAUGCAUAUGCGAAUUACCGGCAGCAAUACUACCCGCCUCCCCAGCCCUCGUCUACUCCUAAACCUGCUUCAGCAGCCGCGACAACAUCGCACCUACAAAUUCCGAAUGGAAAUAAUGCGAUCAGCCGGAUUAGCUCGACGGCAUCGAGUUCGACCACUCGCGCUCAACGGGGUUCACCUCCCCCGCCGGAAACCCCCGUGGUUGGUCCCGGCCAACAACCGGGAUCUGACAUCGAGGCCCGAUACGCGGCUUCUGGGAUCGCUGGAACGUCGACACUAGCCGGCCUUCAAGCGCAGAACUCUGCUGCACAGAGAAGGGCAGAGCCCUACGCUCAUCAGCCAGCAAGGCGACCAUGGACCCCGACCGAACAACCAGGGACCCAACCACAUGGGCCCCCGACAGUCUACCAAGGCGACAGCAUUGUGAGCGCCGAUAAUCCACCUGCUAGUCCCAUCCCAAUUCAGUGUACGGUACCGCCUUCGCAGUCGGCUCCACCCCGACAGCAGCCAUCGAGGAUUCCACCCAAUCCAUUGGAACAAGAUCUUGAAAGGAUGCGGAUCACUUCCUCUCCCCCUCCGGCCUACUCGACUGUCUCGGGACCAGCUUCCCUUCAAGGAUACCCUGUCGAAAAGCAGCGCCCAGCUGCUUCGUCCGCUCCGCCCGGACACCCGGCAAUGACGGCACCGACAAAUGGAGCUACCAUGCCUGCUAACGGUGCUGCCAUCGCAUCGCCAAUGGUCACAGCUCAGAACCAUCCAGCUUUUGCAAACGACCCAAGACCAUCCACGCAGUCUCCUCAGAAUGGCAUGCAGAAUGGACAGCAGGUCGUCUAUCAGCAGCAGCAGCAGCAGCAGCAGCAGCAACAGCCGCCGCCGCAGCCCUUGGUCAGCGCAUCUCCGGCACCAUCGGUUAUGCCUCCGGCGUCUCCUCCGCCUCUGCCAGAAGGUUGGAUAGCGCAUCUGGACUCCAACUCUGGGCAAUACUAUUAUAUCCAUCUGCCGACUCAGUCGACACAGUGGGAGUUCCCUAAAGGCCCAACACCGUUAAAUCUCAAUGAUACGCCAUUGUCCCCGGUAGGCAGCAUAUACAGUAGUCAUCCUCUUGCGUCCCCGGCGUUAUCUACGUUUAAGCCUAUGGUAUCACCGGGGCUUCCUUUAACACCGGGUUUUGAAAGCCUGCAAUCCCCUGUCAUGGGUGGUUUCACUGGGCCCCCUCCCAGCUGCGGUGUCGAUUUGUACAGGGUAGCACCGACAAACGGCGUUUACUUUGGGCCCUACCUUCGAUACACAAAUAUGGACAUUGAGCAUGGUAUUUGGCUCGGUUCUAUUCUUUUGGUCACCGAUACUGCCCAACCACCAACAAUACACCUUCACCAGAGUCUCGACCUGUCACCUAAUCCGCGCCAAUUGAAGGCUGUUGGCAUUGCUACUCAUCAGCGAUGGACAUUCUACAGGUAUGAUAUCAGCUUGCAGAUGGACGAGACCGGGCCUGCAAAAUGGACCUAUGCCAUCACGUCACAUUUGGGCUGUACCAGAUACGAGUUCCUAGUUGCCGGCCGGUAUGAAACGAAUUGGCGAUUUAUCACGACCUCUGGAAAUGACUUCUCUCUCAACGUCAAUGCCAAUGAUCGAGCCCGUCUGGGAGGCGUUGGACUCAUGUGGAAAGACAUCAUGCAAAAGCAUAACGAAAUUGGAGGUUUCCACGCCCAGUUAUGUCUUGGAGGUCAGAUCUACGCAGAUCGAAUGUGGAAAGAAAUCGCGUCGCUGAAGCAGUGGCUUGCGAUCAGUGGUAAAGAUGCCAGGAAAAACAUGCCUUGGACGGCGGCGCAUCAAGAAGAUGUUUCUCAUGCGUACUUCCAUUAUUACACAAGUCACUUUGAUCAGCCUUAUCUGAGGGAGUCGUUUGCUCAGAUUCCUUAUAUCUGUCAGCUUGAUGAUCAUGAUAUCUUUGAUGGAUUUGGCUCGUACCCUGACCAUAUGCAGUUCUCAAACAUGUUCAAGAAUAUUGGCCGCGUUGGCAUUGAGAUGUACCUGCUCUUCCAGCACCACACGACACUCGACAUCCUCCGCAACACCAGAUCCGAUAUGGAUCUGUUCACAGUCACGGGGACAGGUUGGCACUUUGUGAAAUACCUGGGACCAGCAGUGGUGGUGGUUGGCCCUGACUGUCGCUCAGAGAGAAACCCACACCAAGUCAUGGCAGGUCCAACAUAUCAGGGUAUCUUCCCCAGGGUAGCGAUGCUACCACCAUCUGUGCAACACUGUUUAUGGAUGCUCUCUGUACCAAUCAUCUACCCACGAUUAGAAACUGCCGAGCAUAUCGCGCAUACUGUUGCCACAGGGAAACGAGCCGUCACCGGUGCAUAUAAUGUCCUCGGUAAGGUAACCAGUUCUGUUGCCGGCGUGGUGGGCGCCAAAGACAUGGUAGGCUCCGGGUUCGAUUCUGUCAAGCGUGCCGUGGGUAAGUCAGGACUCAUGGGCGGGAUACUGAGCCCAUUCGGGGAGUUCGAUCUCAUGGACGAACUCCGCGAUCAAUGGACACAUGAAUCCAAGGAGCUCGAACGGACUUAUCUCAUCCGCACUCUCCAAACAAUCGCCCAAUCCAAAAACAUCCGCAUGACCUUCCUUUCCGGCGCCGUCAACGUCUGCGGCGCAGGCCUCGUCCAUGACCCAACCCGCCCCUCAGAUCACAAAACAAUGUACCAGCUCAUCUCCUCGUCAGUCGUUAACGGCCCACCACCUUCAUAUAUCCUCAAACUUCUCCACAGCAGUAACAAACCGCUCUAUGUCCCCGCCAACGGCCACCGGUCCAACUCACAACCGACUGAUACCAAAGAGGAUAUGAUGGAGAUCUUCCAGACGGAUGUAACAGGCCAAUCGCGGGAGUAUCGAAAGCUGAUGGGAAGGAGGAAUUAUGCUGCUGUCGUUGCUUAUGAUCCUGAGGCUGUUAGUGCGGCGUAUGGGCAGCAAACAAACGGUACAGGGCCCGGGGCUGGGAAGUUGAAUCUUGCGGUGGACUUCAUGGUGCAGGGCGAGGGGUUGUAUCCGACCGUGGCCAAGUAUGGGCCGGUGAUUGUGCCGAGUUUAGGACCGGAGAAGUGA